UUACCAUAGCAUAAAGUUUUAUUUCUGGACAACUUUAAUAACACAUAUUUUUAAGUUAAUCUGAAACUUUACAGUUCAGUAAAGGAAUCUAAGAAACGUAUAGUUGGCUAGAGUUCCACACUGCCCCUGGGGAACUAGAGUUUGACCGCUAUGCAGUCUACAGUGUGUGCUAUGUAAUUUAAAACAAACAGGGAGAUAGCGUCGAGAGGGCCCACCCCAUGUUUCCUCACGUCUGUCCUCUGACAGGACAAGGUGGUACUCCCUUCCAAAAAGGAGUGGCAAUAUUGGUUAGAACUUUAGUUUCCUCUGCUGCUCUCAAAUGGCAGGAAUGUUGCCUGGGUGGUGGAAGGUACACAGACAAACUGGUACUACGUCAAUCUGCUGGAUAUACUUGAAUGAUCUAGUUUGGUAACAGGACAUACUUAUUGGGAUUCUACAGUUACGAUGAGGCGUCAGGUUUAUGGGUGACUGACUCUGCUGUGGUGGAAUCUAGAGGCAGAAAUCUUCAAAGUGCCAGAAAGACAGACUGUGUCUGGACCCAGGUCGUCACUACUGUACUUCUGCUGCUGCUCUCACUAAACUACCAAGACAUGGUCCUCUGGAGUCUACUCCCCAUCUCCCUCUCCUUGGUGUCUCUCAUUGGCACAUGGGUGACGUAUGGCCUGGCAUACAGCUAUGACCAUGUGUGUUCCCUCAACAACUGGGCCCCCGGGAACCCCUGCGGAAACAAUACAACUAUGGCAUGUUGUCAAGUUCCCACCAUAAGCACGAGUGGAACAAGCUCACCAGAAAACUCUUUGUUCACAGCCACCAUCAAUGCUGCUUCAUUUCUGUUUAUGGUGUUCUGUAUCUUCCACCAUGCUCACAUCUUGGAGAGGAACAGUGUCCACUCCAUGCUCAGUAGAAUCGCCCUGGUGUUUGGUGGAGUGGCAGCCAUCGGGGCCUUCGUGGCUGGGAACUGCAAUCCCGAGUACCUAACACUGGCCCAUUACCUGGGGGCUGCGGUAAGCUUCCUGUGUAUCUGUUUCUACAGCCUGCUCCUCACGGUGCUCACAGGGAAGUGUGUUCUGACCCGGAUGGAGUGGUUCCUCUACCCAGCACGGGUCAUGUCUACUGCGGUCCAAAUCAUUGUCACUAUUGGCUAUGCAAUCUUGUUUGUACAGGAGGAAUACGUGUACAAGCACUCAGCGGCCGUGUUUGAGUGGAUACUGAGCGUCAACCUGGAGCUGUUUGAGCUCAGCUUCGCUGUUGAGUUCUGUUUCUUCUCCUCCUCCAUGUUGUGUACACUGCUGGGGAAGAAAGAUGAGGAGAAGCCUAUCCUUCUGGCCUGAGAAGAUGAGAUGCUACUGGGCUGGGGGACCUACUGUAAGAGACACUUGGGUCAUGUGAUGCAUGAAAUGGAAGAAAACGUUCCAAAAUGGAGAGACCAGCUGGACUUGUCCAUUAAGUGUCGGUUAAAAAAAAUGUCACGUUGUGCCCUAAUGAAAUAACCCAGUAGUUUACAAACUUUUCUAUGUUGUGACUGAUCUAAAGCUUGUGGAAUUGGACCAACCAAGUAAAGGGAACAAUUGUUUGUAACCGGUUCUGGCUGCGACCAAAAAAUGAAUCAGCUGAAUCGGCCACGACCCACCGUUUGGGGAAACACUGACCUAGUGGCAUCAAAGAUGGGGAUCAAACAUAACCUUUGAUCUCAUUCUCAGACCAAGUCUUAUUAUUGAGGAUGGGUUUUAAUUUUUUUUAAUCAGGGCUGAAAUCAUUUUUCUUAUGCAAGCCCCUAAAUACAAAACGAAAGAUGAGUUAUUCGGGUCACAACAAAUCUAAGUAUUUCUGAAAGCUUUGGAAAAGUAAAACUGUCCAUCCUACAACUUUCAUAGCCACUGAUGGACCAAUACCAGGACACCUUAGCAUUUGAGUAGUAGUCACUGUAAGUACUAAAAUCAUUAUUUCUAUUCUCAUGUUCUGAAUUGAUCAAGGUGAAAUGUUCUAUUUUAUGGGCCAUGUAGAAUUGUGAAUGAUGUUAUUCUUUCAAUGUUUUGUCUAUAUGUCUAAAACUUCGGGGCAUUACUAUGCCAGGCAACAACAGAAAAAAGUUGUAUAAAAAAAUGUAACUGUCUGCAAAGUGAAGUAUUGAGGUGUAAUGUUGUGAUGGAAUCUGAGGCCAGUAAUCCCUCGACAGCUUUAACAUUCAAAUGAUGAUCAAGUCAUUUGGUUAUUGGUGUGGAGAUUAGAAGCCAGUGAUGAUUCUAAACCUUUGUGAUAGAACAGGUGAUUUAAUGUGAAGGAGGCAGGAAAUUCAGGCAGGUGUGGUGGUUCAGAUUUAUUAAUAGAGGCCUCUGUCUUUUGUGAUAGAUCAUUCUGGAAAGCUUUUUGAUGGCAGAACAGCUGGUUGUACAAGUUUUACUGCAUACAUGGCAGAUGAGAGAAGAACCAGAACAAAAGCAAUCCUUCAUCCAGAAACAAUCUAACUGAAAAUGUUAUGAACAGAACAAAUUUCCUAGCAAGGCAUUAUACUUUGUAUUUGUUCCUUUCUUCUUAUGUAUCGUUCUCAUUUUCUACUGCUUUCCUACAGUGUUCCUAUUCAGGCAUUUGUGCAACGAUGAUUCAGACUUGUUUACAACAACAAUAUAUCAUGGACUAUAUAGUUACAUCUUAACAAAGUGGUACAUAAAUAAAUAAAUAUAUAACGAAUUAGUGACAAACUGAUGUUUACUAAAAGUAGAAAUAAAUAAAAGCAUUUAGCCUAAUUCAGUAUGAAAAUAUCAACUUGGAAGGUUUCCUACUCUUAAUUUUUGGAGGCAUUUCUUUUGCCAAGCGUAAUUGAGUAAUAAAACGUGUGUAAGAUCAAAUGUAA